CGUGCCGCGCCUCUUGCGUUCAUCCGGGCGUUCCAACUCGAGCAAGUACCGACCGAGCUGAGGAACAGCUGAACGUAGAAUUCGUUCUAGUGGUAAAAUUACUGCCUAACCACGGUCGGACAAACAAUGGAGUGGAGUCUCGACUGCAAGGUCUAUGUGGGCAACCUGGGCAGUGGGGCGGCCAAACACGAGAUCGAGGCUGCCUUCACCAAGUUCGGGCCCCUGCGCAAUGUCUGGGUGGCCCGCAAUCCGCCCGGUUUUGCUUUCGUCGAGUUUGAGGACUCGCGCGAUGCUGAAGAUGCCUGCCGCGCCCUAGAUGGCAGCCGCCUUUGUGGGACGAGGGUGCGGGUGGAAAUGUCCCACGGCCGGUCACGUAGGGGUGGUGCCAGCAGACGGCCAGCCCCAGCACCCCCACGUUACGGUGGGUAUGGAGCCAAGCGGUCAAGGGCAUGUCAUCUCAUCUCUAACUCAGCCCCACGAGGGACUAAAGUGACCCAACCAACCACCACCUUUCUCAUCCAACAACAACCACAACACUCCUAUCUCGCUGCGCGGGAAGUGUUUGCCGCCGACGCGGCUGACCGACCCCCGUCCCCCCGAAAACGACGCCGCGGGGACCGAAGGCGCAAAUGCGACCGCCGCACGAGGGGCGCAAAAAGAGGGGCGCACCACGCCAGCUGCGGCGGCUGCUGCCCGUCCAACCAACUCCCCACAACCAACAACUCGCUUCUACCGGGGGUUGCCAGCCAACGCAAACGGCGGCAGACGCCGUCCUUCCCUUCUCGUGCCCCCUCCGCUCUCCGCGACUCGCCUAGCUCGCCAGUCGGCGUAUCAGCUCAGCCGUCGGCACAGGUCUCGCUCUCCGCGAAGACGCUACUCGAGAAGUCGUAGCCGCAGCCGCUCCCGCAGCCUGCGCCGAUCCACGGGAAGCCGAUCCCUCUCGCGUGAGAGACGCUAACAGGGCGGCAGAGCACCACCCAAGCCGCACUCCUGGCGACUCCAGAAGACCGUCAGCAGACACAGCAGAGCAAAGCACUCUGUCUUUCCCCCCCAUCUUGUUUGUGUGUGAUUCCAUUUUCAUUUUGCAGAAAAGAAGCAAAAGUUGUGCGGCGCCGAGACUGAAACGUACCACCGCAUGCUAUGUUGACCCGUGCCGUGCGAUUGGAACGCUAAAUAAAGGCUACUUGCAAUUCGUCCA